AUGGGCUGCUGUAACAUCACAACAAAUAGCAAAGUAAAUUUAAUCACCAGAGACCCAACUAACGGUUUCCUCACAAGAGAAUACCGCCGAAGUGCAGUGCUGAAUGUCAAACAAAGAAACGCAAAAGGUCAAAUCCUGGGGACGAAUACUUUGAAAUUUAAUUAUACAGAACCCAUUCUUGUAUCCUCACAUAAACUUGAAGUAGGCUUGAACUCAUACUGAGCCUCAGCCUGCGUAAUUCCUGGACUUGACCCUCAUGGCGAAAUCAAUAAAAAGUGUCAAGAUUUUUGUUUAUUUUUAAACGACGAAAAUAGCUUUAUAAUUGCUCUUUUUGAUGGACAUGGCGCUGAAGGAGAAAGAGUUGUGGACAUUUGUUCACAGACAGUGGAAGAUUUUUAUGAAACUCAUAAGAAUGAUUAUUCUAAAUCUCCAACCCAGCUUCUAUUAGAGCUUACAAAACAAUGUGAUCAUGAAAUAAGAGACCCAGCUCAUGGAGUUAACGCCCAGAACUCUGGAUGGUAAUCAAUAAUUAGUACUGCAGUUUUGGUGUAUUUCCAUAAUAACAACCUAUACUGUGCAAGCGUAGGGGAUUCCCGAGCAAUAGUUGGAACUUCUCACCCGCCUGCAAUCCUUCCUGCACCGCCUGCGAUAAUCGGAGAAGAAAGAAAAAUGCUUGAAGAAGUCAAAGAAAGGCGUCGAAGCUUCGUUUCACCCCUUUUGCAAGCAGUUCAGCUUACAAGAGACCAAAAGCCUGACGAUCCUGAAGAAUGAGCCAGGAUUUCAAAAUGCGGCGGAAGAGUACAACAGCUUGUAGACGAAUAUGGGAACAAAAUCGGUCCUUAUCGAAUAUGAGAAAUGAACUCCAAUGGUCCUGGCCUUGCUAUGAGCAGAUCUAUAGGAGACCUCCGAGGACAGCGUGUAGGCGUUAUAUCGACCCCAGUCUGCACAAAAUAUGAGCUGUUCGGAGAACUGGACUAUUUUAUAGUAGCUGCUUCUGAUGGGAUAUGAGAUGUGCUCGAAAAUGACGACGUCGCCCACUUUGUAGAGUUUUAUAGAGAAAAAUGUAUAAAAGGAGUUGACACACACACAGACCAAAGAGUCGUCAGUCCUGAAAAUGCUUGCAUUGCACAGCUGCUGUGUGAAGAAGCAAGAAUAAGGUGGCAUACAAUUGUGGAGGAAGAAGACGUGAUGAUUGAUGAUAUUUCUUGUGUAGUUAUUGAACUAAAUCAAAGCAAGUUUAACCUCGAUCCAAAAGAGCAUGGCAAAAUUCCAGAUACGUUCACGCCAGCGAAAAAUCUGGAAAAUUUGGAAAAUAGCAAUAUGUUGAAAAUUACUUCAAUUCCUGAAAUUGAAGUGAGGGAUCCGAGAAGAGGAUCUUUUGUGACAGAAAAACUUGAUGAUAUAUAG